GCAGCUUAGACCUUUGACGCACUGAGCACUCGGAUUGGCUGUCCAAUGUCCAUGCCAUGCGCGCGCAGGUUCGAGGCUGGACAGCCCUCCCGCAGGCGCGCGGCUUUGCAGCGCGCUGCCAAAGUGCGGCAGACUGCCGAAGCUGCCGGCGCCUGCUGGGACUUGGCGAAAGCUCCGAUCUGCGGAAGGCCUUCCUGGCCGCUGCCUGGCAGCACCACCCGGACACCACGAAAUCCGCCAAGGCGGACUUCGCGGAGCUGCGCCGGUGCUACGAGCGGCUCCAGCGAUGCUGCGGAGAAGUGGCGGAAGGUCCCGAGACCCUCACGUGGACGCCGGAGGAACAGGAGCUCCCGGCUCCAAGUCAACGAGCGCGGUCAAGACACGUCGCCAAGGGCUCCUGGGACUCUCGGCGCGCGGCGGGGCGAGCACAAGCAAAGCAGCCGCCGCAGUGGCCGCAGAUCUUGGAGGUGGUGGUAGACCUGGAGAUCCAGGAGCCAUUGCCACGAUUCCUCUGGCUUAGCGCAGCUGAGCAAGGCUUCGGCCCGCUGAGCCAACGGGGUUUGGCCUUUUGCGGCGCAUAUCGCCGCAGCCGCGACUUCAACGCUUCACCUUCCUAUGUCCACGCUCGAGGCUACCACUUGUUUUGGAGCCGCAUGUGGUGCGACUGGAAAAUCGCACAUCAGCUCUCAGAGAGAGGAGCUUGCACCGCCUUUGUGGAUGGCAGCCAGGAUGCGCCGCCUUGGCAAGCCUUCAAUGGUGACAUCCAGGCCUUGCGGUGGGACGUGUGGGAUCCUGAUGCGGAUCGCUUUGCGAAGAAGCGAGUGCUGGUGAGGCCGCUGUGACGCCUACAAAGUGCAUGGGCAGAUAGUUUUCAAGCGCGUGUCACACUGUUCAGUCGAACAGUUUGGCCUACAUUGCUUCGCCGAGCGUGC